GCGGCGCUGCGUCACUGGUGUCGGCCGCGCAGCCCCUGAAAUCGCUGAAGGUGGGGAGCCCGGCCUGGGCGCCCGGGUCCAGGCGGCGUGAUGCGGCGCAGCAAAGAGGACGUGGACCGGUACAUCGCUUCGGUGCUACAGUCUGCGCCUUCGCCGCGCGAGAAAUCAUUGAAAGGAUUUUAUUUCGCGAGGCUGUACUAUGAAGCUAAAGAAUAUGAUCUUGCUAAAAAAUAUGUAUCUUCAUAUAUUAAUGUGCAAGAGCGGGACCCCAAAGGUCACAGAUUUCUGGGUCUUCUUUAUGAAGCAGAGGAAAAUACUGACAAAGCUGUUGAAUGUUAUAAGCGUUCAGUGGAUUUAAACCCAACACAAAAAGAUCUUGUGUUGAAGAUUGCAGAGUUGCUUUGUAAAAAUGAUGUUAUUGAUGGAAGAGCAAAAUACUGGGUUGAAAGAGCAGCAAAAGUUUUCCCUGGAAAUCCUGAAGUUUAUAAGUUAAAGGAACAACUUUUAGAUUGUAAAGGUGAAGAUGGAUGGAAUAAACUUUUUGACUUGAUUCAGUCAGAACUUUAUCUCAGACCUGAUGACGUCUAUAUGAAUAUCCGGCUAGUGGAGCUGUAUCGUUCAAAUAAGAGGUUGAAGGAUGCUGUGGCCCACUGCCAUGGGGCAGAGAAGCACACAGCUUUGCGUACAAAUCUGGAGUGGAAUGCGUGUGUUGUGCAGACCCUUAAGGAAUAUCUGGAAUCUUUACAGUGCUUGGAAUCUGACAAAGGUGACCGGCGAGCAGUCAGUAAGGACUUGCUCCUGGCCCAUACUAGCCUGAUGCUUCUCACACUUUCCACCAGAGACGAGCAGGAGGUCAGGGAGCUGCUGGAAAGUUUUGAUAGUGUUCUUCAGUCUGUGAAGCCUUUGGUGGGUGGAAAUGAUGAAUUGUCAGUUGUUUUCCAAGAAGUGAAAGGACACUUCUACCUGCACGCUGGCUCCCUGCUGUUGAAGAUGGGUCAGCACAGUGACAUCCAGUGGCGAGCUCUCUCUGAGCUAGCUCUGUUGUGCUAUCUGAUAGCAUUUCAGGUUCCAAGACCAAAGAUUAAAUUAAUAAAAGGAGAAGCUGGACAAAAUCUACUGGAAAUGAUGGCCCAUGAUCGUUUGAGCCAAUCAGGGCACAUGUUGCUAAACUUAAGUCGUGGCAAGCCGAAUCUUAUAAAGGAGAUUGUGGAAUCUUUUGCCAAUAAAUGUGGGCAGGCUGCUCUGUAUGAUGCUCUGUUUUCUAAGUCUCCUAAGGAGAACUCUUUCCUUGUUAGUGAUGACUUUGGAUAUCUUGAUGUGCGAGCACCGGGGACUGAUGAGUUGGCUAGAUAUGAUAUUGGUGCUAUUCGAGCCCAUAAUGGAAGCCUCCAGCACCUGACCUGGCUGGGCUUACAAUGGAAUUCACUGCCUGCUGUACCUGCAUUUCGAAAAUGGCUAAAGCAGCUUUUUCAUCAUUUGCCUCAGGAGACAUCAAAGCUUGAAACAAAUGCACCUGAAUCAAUAUGUGUUUUAGAUCUUGAGGUGUUUCUGCUUGGAGUCAUAUAUACCAGCCAUUUACAGUUAAAGGAGAAGCAUUAUUCCCACCGCAGCCACUACUAUCCACUGUGCCUGCCACUUCCCGUGUGCAAGCAGCUCUGUGCAGAGAAGCAGAAGUCAUGGUGGGAUGCAGUUUCUGCUCUCAUUCACAGAAAGGCAGGACCUGGAACUGCAGCAAAAUUGCGACUUUUAGUUCAGCAUGAACUGAUCACCCUAAGAGGUCAGGAGAAACAUGGCCUUCAGCCUGCUCUGCUUGUGCACUGGGCAAAAUACCUCCUGAAAACGGGCAGCAGUCUUAAUUCUUUUUAUGAUCAACGGGACUACAUAGGCAGAAGUGUUCAUUAUUGGAAGAAAGUUUUACCAUUGUUGAAGAUAAUCAAAAAGAAGAACAGUAUUCCUGAACCUAUUGACCCUCUGUUUUUGCAUUUUCAUAGUGUGGACAUUCAGGUCUCUGAGACUCCUGAAUAUGAGGAAGAGGCACACAUCAGCUUUGCUAUAUUUGAGGCAGUUAAUGGAAAUAUAGAAGAUGCUCUGACUGUUUUUGAAUCUAUUAAAAGUGUUGUUUCUUAUUGGAAUCUUGCACUGAUUUUCCACAGGAAAGCAGAAGACAUUGAAAAUGAUGUCCUCUCUCCUGAAGAACAAGAAGAAUGCAAAAAUUACCUGAGAAAGAGCAGGGACUAUCUAAUAAAGAUUUUAGAUGACAGUGAUUCAAAUCCAUCAGUGAUCCAGAAACUGCCAGUGUCUGUGGAGUCAGUGAAGGAUAUGUUGAGCUCUGUUAUGCAGGAACUAGAGGACUGCGCUGAGGGAGGUCCACUCCAUAAGAAUGGGAGUUUUCGAAAUGCAGAUCCAGAGAGCAAACAUUCUCCACCAUCUCCCACCAAAUAUUCUCUUUCACCAAGCAAGAGUUACAUGUAUUCUCCCAAAACACCACCUCGAUGGGCAGAAGAUCAAAAUUCUUUGCUGAAAAUGAUCUGCCAACAAGUAGAGGCCAUUAAGAAAGAAAUGCAGGAACUGAAACUGAAUAGCAGUAAUUCAGCAUCCCCACAUCGCUGGCCCACAGAGAAUUAUGGGCCAGACCCAGUGCCUGAUGGAUAUCAAGGGUCACAGACUUUUCAUGGGGCUCCGCUAACAGUUGCAACUACCGGCCCUUCAGUAUAUUAUAGUCAGUCACCAGCAUAUAAUUCCCAGUAUCUUCUCAGACCAGCAGCUAAUGUUACUCCCACAAAGGGUCCAGUUUAUGGCAUGAAUAGGCUUCCACCCCAGCAGCAUAUUUAUGCCUACUCACAACAGAUGCACACUCCACCAGUGCAAAGCUCAUCUGCUUGUAUGUUCUCUCAGGAGAUGUAUGGUCCUCCGCUGCGUUUUGAGUCUCCUGCAACAGGAAUUCUCUCACCCAGGGGUGAUGAUUAUUUUAAUUAUAAUGUUCAGCAGACAAGCACAAAUCCACCUUUGCCGGAACCAGGAUACUUUACAAAACCUCCAGUCACUUCAAGAUCUGCAGAGUCUAAAGUUAUAGAAUUUGGAAAACCUAAUUUUGUUCAGCCCAUGCCGGGUGAAGGAAUAAGGCCAUCUUUGACAGCACCCACUCAUACUACACAGCCAACUCCUUUUAAAUUUAAUUCAAAUUUCAAAUCAAAUGAUGGUGAUUUCACAUUUUCUUCACCACAGGUUGUAACACAGCCCCCUUCUACAGCUUAUAGUAAUAGUGAAAGUCUUUUAGGACUGCUGACUUCAGAUAAACCUUUACAAAGAGAUGGCUAUAGUGGACCAAAACCAGUUCCUGGUCAAACCAUUGGUCCUCGAAAUACAUUCAAUUUUGGAAGCAAAAAUAUGUCUGGAAUCUCAUUUACAGAAAACAUAGGGCCAAGUCAGCAAAAGAAUCCCGGUUUUCGCAGAAAUGAUGAUAUGUUUACUUUCCACGGGCCUGGGAAAUCUGUAUUUGGAACACCUGCUCCAGAGCUGGCAAGUAAGAAUCAUGAAGCAGAUGGAGGAAGUGCCCAUGGGGAUGACGACGACGAUGGGCCUCACUUUGAGCCUGUGGUACCUCUUCCUGAUAAGAUUGAAGUGAAAACAGGUGAGGAAGAUGAAGAAGAAUUCUUUUGCAAUCGUGCAAAAUUGUUCCGUUUUGAUGGAGAAUGCAAAGAAUGGAAGGAACGUGGAAUUGGCAAUGUGAAAAUACUAAGGCAUAAAACAUCUGGCAAAAUUCGCCUUCUAAUGAGACGAGAGCAAGUAUUGAAAAUCUGUGCUAAUCAUUACAUCAGUCCAGAUAUGAAACUGACACCAAAUGCAGGGUCAGACCGAUCUUUUGUAUGGCAUGCCCUUGAUUAUGCAGAUGAGUUGCCAAAACCAGAACAGCUUGCUAUUAGGUUUAAAACUCCUGACGAAGCAGCACUUUUUAAGUGCAAGUUUGAAGAGGCCCAGAGUAUUUUAAAAGCGGCAGGAACAAAUAUAGCUGCAGCACCAGAACAGACCAUCAGAAUCGCAAAAGAACCCACAAGUCAUGGUAACAAGGAUGUUUGUAAGUCUGAUGCUGGAAAUACAAAUUUUGAAUUUCAAGUUACAAAGAAAGAAAGUUCUUGGUGGCAUUGUAGCAGCUGCUCAUUAAAGAAUGCUUCAAGUGCUAAGAAAUGUGUAUCAUGCCAAAAUCUAAACCCAAACAGUAAAGAGCUCUUUGGCCCACCAUUAGUGGAAACUGGUUCUGCUCCCAAAACCAGUCCAGAAAAUGUUCAAGAUAGAUUUACAUUGAUGACUCCAAAGAAAGAAGGUCACUGGGAUUGCAGUACUUGUUUAGUAAGAAACGAACCUACUGUAUCUAGGUGUAUUGCUUGCCAAAAUACAAAAUCUCCUAACAAAAGUGCACCAUCAUUUGCGCAGUCUUUUAAAUUUGGCCAGGGAGAUCUUCCUAAGUCUGUCAACAGUGAUUUCAGAUCUGUUUUUUCUGCAAAGGAAGGACAGUGGGAUUGUAAUGCAUGCUCAGUACAAAAUGAGGGAAGUGCUACAAAAUGUGUUGCUUGUCAGAACCCAAGAAAACACAAUGUGCCCACUACUUCUGUGCCAACAUCUGGCUCUUUUAAGUUUGGUACUUCAGAGAUAAGUAAAACUCCCAAGAGUGGAUUUGAGGACAUGUUUGCUAAGAAGGAAGGCCAGUGGGAUUGCAGUUCAUGCUUAGUCCGGAAUGAAGCAAAUGUUGCAAAAUGCAUUGCUUGUCAGAAUCCAGCUGAACCAAGUCCAUCUACUUGUGUUGUUCCAGAUCCUGCCUCUUUUAAGUUUGGUUCUUCAGAGAUAAGCAAGGCUCCGAAGAGUGGGUUUGAGGGAAUGUUCACCAAGAAGGAAGGGCAGUGGGAUUGCAGCAUAUGCUUAGUACGAAAUGAAGCAAGUGCUACCCAAUGUAUUGCUUGUCAGAAUCCAAGUGAACAGAAUCAGCCUGCCCCUGCCCUUCCAGCACCUCCCUCUGCAGAGACAAGCAAAACUCCAAAGAAUGGAUUUGAAGGAAUGUUCACCAAAAAGGAAGGACAGUGGGAUUGUAGUGUUUGCCUGGUAGAAAAUGAGAAUUCUUCCUCAAAAUGUGUGGCUAGUGAUGCUUGUAAAGCUACUCAUAAACCCAUUGUAGAAGCUCCUUCAGCUUUCACAGAGGGCUCAAAAACAAAGCUCAGUGAGUCUUCUGGAAGUCAGGUGGGGACAGGGUUUAAAAAUAACUUUCCAGAAAAAACUUUUAAAUUUGGCAUUACAGAGCAAGGAUUUAAAUUUGGGCAUGUGGAUCAAGAAAAUACCUCUUCAUUUACAUUUCAGGGUUCUAAUACAGAGUUUAAGUCAAUAAAAGAUGGAUUUAGUUUCUCCAUUCCUGUGUCUGCAGAUGGGUUUAAGUUUGGCAUUCAGGAACAAGGAAAUCAAGAGAAGUGUGAAAAGCACCUUGAAAAUGACACUGGUUCCCAGGCUCAGGACGUUAGUAGCCAGAAGAAUGGGAAUGGUGUAAUUUUUGGGCAAACAAGUGGCACUUUUACCUUUGCAGAUCUUGCAAAAUCAACUUCAGGAGAAGGAUUUCAAUUUGGAAAGAAAGACCCUAAUUUCAAGGGAUUUUCAGGUGCUGGAGAAAAAUUAUUCUCAUCACAACGUAGUAAAAUGGCUGAGAAGGCCAGCACGUGUGCUGAUGUGGAGAAAGAUGAUGACACCUAUAAAACUGAGGACAGUGACGACAUCCAUUUUGAACCUGUCGUGCAGAUGCCUGAAAAGGUGGAAUUGGUAACAGGAGAGGAAGAUGAGAAGGUUCUGUAUUCACAGCGGGUAAAAUUAUUCAGGUUUGAUGCUGAGAUAAGUCAAUGGAAAGAAAGAGGUUUGGGGAACUUAAAAAUUCUCAAGAAUGAAGUCAAUGGCAAACUGAGGAUGCUGAUGCGAAGAGAACAAGUUCUAAAAGUGUGUGCCAAUCACUGGAUAACAACUACCAUGAACCUCAAGCCCCUGUCCGGCUCAGACAGAGCAUGGAUGUGGCUAGCUAGCGACUUCUCCGAUGGUGAUGCCAAGCUGGAGCAGCUGGCUGCAAAAUUCAAAACACCAGAGCUAGCUGAGGAGUUCAAGCAGAAGUUCGAGGAAUGCCAGAGACUUCUCUUAGACAUUCCUCUUCAGACUCCCCAUAAACUCGUAGAUACUGGCAGAGCUGCCAAGUUGAUACAGAAAGCUGAGGAAAUGAAGAGUGGACUGAAAGAUUUCAAGACGUUUUUGACAAACGACCAAACAAAGAUUGCCGAUGAGGAGAGCAGUGGCUCCGGUGUAGGUACCACCAGUGCUGCAGAUGUGGGGGCCAGGCGCAGCCCUGAGAACCAGGGGCCUUCGCUGGAGUGGGACAACUAUGACCUGCGGGAGGAGGCUCUGGACGACAGCAUCAGCAGCAGCUCUGUUCAUGCCUCUCCGCUGGCCAGCAGCCCAGUGAGGAAAAACCUCUUCCGCUUUGGGGAGUCCACCACCGGGUUCAACUUCAGUUUCAAAUCUGCACUGAGCCCGUCUAAAUCUCCUGCCAAGUUGAACCAGAGUGGGGCUUCAGUGGUUACUGACGAAGAAUCAGAUGUGGCUCAAGAAGAGGAGAGAGAUGGGCAGUACUUUGAGCCUGUUGUACCCUUACCUGAUCUAGUCGAAGUGUCCAGCGGGGAGGAGAAUGAACAAGUUGUUUUUAGUCACAGAGCAAAACUCUAUAGAUAUGAUAAAGAUGUUGGCCAGUGGAAAGAGAGGGGCAUUGGCGACAUCAAGAUCUUACAGAAUUAUGAUAAUAAGCAGGUUCGGAUAGUGAUGAGAAGAGACCAGGUGUUGAAACUCUGUGCCAAUCACAGGAUAACUCCUGACAUGACUCUGCAAACCAUGAAAGGGACAGAAAGAGUGUGGGUGUGGACUGCAUGUGAUUUUGCAGAUGGAGAAAGAAAAAUAGAACAUUUAGCUGUCCGUUUUAAACUACAAGAUGUUGCAGAUUUGUUUAAGAAAAUUUUUGAUGAAGCCAAAACAGCCCAAGAAAAAGAUUGUUUGAUAACACCUCAUGUUUCUCGUUCAAGCACGCCUAGAGAGUCACCCUGUGGCAAAGUCGCCGUAGUUGUGUUAGAGGAAACCACAAGAGAGAGGACAGAUGUGAUUCCGGGUGAUGAUGUGGCAGAUGCAGCUUCUGAGGGCGGAGAGGCACCUGGCGCAUCCGAAACCACAACGAAAGCAGUGGUUUCGCCCCCUAAGUUUGUAUUUGGUUCAGAGUCUGUUAAGAGCAUUUUUAGUAGUGAAAAAUCAAAACCAUUCACAUUUGGCAACAGUUCAACCACUGGGUCUUUGUUUGGAUUUAGUUUUAACUCAUCUUUGAAAAAUAACAACAGGGAGACCAGGGGAGAGGUGCAGACUGGACCUGAAGGGCAAGUGGAGCCUGGGGCAUGUGAGCUGUCGCAGAACGCUGGCCACAGAGGGUCUGUAGAUGCCAGGGCCAGGAGUCUCCUCACCUCCGGUCCAAAGGAAGCAUCUCCAGCUGGUUGUGCGUUCACAACACCAGUGAAGGCAGAGGAGAAAACCACUGAACCUGCUGCCUCAGAUGACGAAGUUGUCAUUGUAUAUGAACUGACCCCUACUCCUGAGCAAAGAGCCCUGGCAGCCAGGCUUCAGCUUCCUCCCACCUUUUUCUGCUACAAGAAUAGACCAGAUUAUGUUAGUGAAGAUGAAGAAAAUGAUGAAGAUUUUGAAAUGGCGGUCAAGAAACUAAACGGAAAACUCUAUCUGGAUGAUUCAGAAAAAUGUAGGCCAUUGGAAGAAAAUCUAGCAGAUAAUGAGAAAGAGUGUGUUAUUGUUUGGGAAAAGAAGCCAACAGUUGAAGAGAAGGCAAAAGCAGAUACAUUAAAGCUUCCACCGACUUUCUUUUGUGGAGUCUGCAGUGAUACUGAGGAGGACAAUGGAAGUGGGGAGGACUUUGAGGCUGAGCUCCAGAAGGCACAGGAAGCCCAGAAGUCCCAGAGGGAGGAUGUAACCAGCUCAACUGAUGGUGUGUGUUCAGCUGGGACCACACUGGCUGUACCAGAUCCUGUCACCAAAGCCACCACUUCGCCACAUCUUUCCUCUGGGACUGUGGACAAGCCUGUGGAUUUGUCUGCCAGAACAGAAACUGACACAGAAUCUGCAAGCCAAGUAGAAAACAAAACAGUUUCAUUUGGAUUUGGAUGUGGUACAGGACUGUCAUUUGCAGACUUGGCCUCUAGUAAUUCUGGGGAUUUUGCUUUUGGUUCUAAAGAUAAAAAUUUCCAGUGGGCGAAUACUGGAGCAGCUGUGUUUGGAACACAGUCAACCCGUAAAGUUGGUGAAGAUGAAGACGGUAGCGAUGAAGAAGUAGUUCAUAGUGAAGAUAUCCAUUUUGAACCAAUAGUGUCAUUGCCAGAGGUGGAAGUAAAAUCUGGAGAAGAAGAUGAAGAAAUUUUGUUUAAAGAGAGAGCCAAACUUUAUCGAUGGGAUCGAGAUGUCAGUCAGUGGAAGGAGCGUGGUGUUGGAGAUAUUAAGAUUCUCUGGCACACAAUGAAGAAUUAUUACCGGAUCCUGAUGAGAAGAGACCAGGUCUUUAAAGUGUGUGCAAACCAUGUUAUUACUAAAACAAUGGAGUUAAAACCCUUAAAUGUUUCAAAUAACGCUUUAGUUUGGACUGCCUCAGAUUAUGCAGAUGGUGAAGCAAAAGUGGAACAGCUUGCAGUGAGAUUUAAAACAAAAGAAAUGGCUGAGUGUUUUAAGAAAAAAUUUGAAGAAUGUCAGCAGAAUUUAUUGAAACUUCAGAAAGGACAGGUGUCACUGGCAGCAGAAUUAUCAAAGGAGACCAACCCGGUGGUGUUCUUUGAUGUUUGUGCAGAUGAGGAACCUCUAGGAAGAAUAACCAUGGAGUUACUUUCAAACAUUGUUCCUCAAACUUCUGAGAAUUUCAGAGCACUAUGCACUGGAGAGAAAGGCUUUGGUUUCAAGAACUCCAUUUUUCACAGAGUAAUUCCAGAUUUUGUUUGUCAAGGAGGAGAUAUCACCAAAUAUGAUGGGACAGGAGGAAAGUCCAUUUAUGGAGAUAAAUUUGAAGAUGAAAACUUUAAUGUGAAGCAUACUGGCCCUGGCUUAUUAUCUAUGGCCAAUCGAGGCCGGGAUACUAAUAAUUCUCAAUUUUUUAUAACACUGAAAAAGACAGAACAUUUGGACUUUAAACAUGUAGUGUUUGGGUUUGUUAAGGAUGGCAUGGAUACUGUGAAAAAGAUUGAAUCAUUUGGUUCUCCCACAGGUUCUGUUAGUCGAAGAAUUAGUAUCAUAGAAUGUGGACAGCUAUAAAAUCAUUGUUUUUCAUAGUAAAUUUUAUCUGUAUAAGCAGUUGAAUUGAAACUUACCCAUUACAGACAAUAUGGUAAUUGUGUUCAGCUUUUGAAAAUGGACAUUUCCAAUGUACAAAUGUAAAAUUGCAGCGUAUAGCUGUUGUCACUUUUUAAUGUGUUAUAAUUGACCUUGCAUGGUGUGAAAUAAAAGUUUAAACACUGAUGUAUUUCAGGUGUACUUGUGUUUAUGUACUCCUGACAUAUCUGUAUUAAAAUGGAAUAAUACUAAUCUUGUUAAAAGCAAUAGACCUUCGCAAACUAUUGAAGGAAUAUGAUAUAUGCAAUUUAAUUUUUAAUUCCUUUUAAGAUAUCUGGACUUCCUGCAUGGAUAUACUUAACGAUUUGAAUAUAGGGACCACAACUCAAUUUUAUUUUAGAUCUGAAGUAUGUAUAUCAGUGAUCUUAAUUAUUGAUGUGCUUAUUUAUGCACAGAGACUCGUUUAUGAGUGGGUAGAGCCACAGAAGAUAGUUAACCAAAGUGCUCUUCUGUAUAAUCUUUACACCUCCUGUGUAAUUCAAAUUUACUUUUAAGUGGAAUACUUUCUUUCUUAAAAUAUGUAGCUUCCUGUGCCCUUUGAAGAUAAAUUUUAAAAACUGGUCAACUUUUCCUUAGUUUUGUGGGGUUUUUUUUUUCUUUUUUUGUUAUCUGUCUGUACUACCUCAGAAACUUCAGCUUGGUCCUGAUGAUAGAAUUGAAUUUUUCCUUGCAGUUAUUGUGAUAAAGAAUGGAUAUUUUUAAAAGGUCUAUACCAUGUUCUUUGGUUAAAGAUUUGCUUUAUAUUAGAUUGUUGCAGUAACUUUCUGGUGAAUUUUGUAGCACAAAUAAAGUGACAGUUGAUACCACCA